UUCUUCUUCUACUUCUCUCCUCUUUUUAUUACCAGUUGUUCACUUCAUCACAUGAUCCUCGUCUCUCCCUCUCUCUCUUCACUUACACCGCUGCGCAAAGCGUAUCUCAAGUUCUGAUCCGAUCACUGUUUUGUCUGUAAAAACAAACGAUCCUGUUUUCAUGGAAACUUUAAUGAAACAGUAACGACCCAAAACUCCUUCUUCUACUUCCUUAUUUCAUCUUUAAAAAUGACAAACAUUUCUUAGUACCAACCACACUCUUUACCCUUUCUCUUCUUUCAAAGUUUUUUCAUUUCAUGGCUCCAAACACAGUAGCAGUGACAAUGGAGAAGCCAGACAACUUCUCUUUACUCGAAAUCAACGGCUCAGAUCCAUCCUCACUCCCUGACAACAAAAGAAAAUCAAUCAGCCCAAAACAGUUCUCAUGGUUCCUCCUCCUCAAAGCUCACAGAGUCGUCUCUUGUCUCUCAUGGCUCUUGGCUUCAGUCAAGAACCGUAUCGCUUUCUCCUCAAAGAACGUAAACGAAGAAGAAGACCCCAAAAGCAGAGGAAAACAAAUGUACAGAUUCAUCAAAGCCUGUCUUGUCAUCUCCAUAAUCGCCUUGUCAAUAGAAAUCGUCGCUUAUUACAAGAAGUGGAAUCUUGAUCUCAUAAACCGACCGUCUUGGGAGGUUUUUGGACUUGUUGAGUGGUCUUACAUGGCUUGGCUCUCGUUUAGAUCCGAUUACAUUGCUCCUAUUGUCAUCACUCUCUCCAAGUUCUGCACUGUCCUCUUCUUGAUCCAGAGUCUUGAUCGGUUAGUCCUCUGUCUUGGCUGCUUCUGGAUCAAACUCAAAAAGAUCCAACCAAAGCUCAAAGACGAUGAAAUCGAUCUAGAAGACCCAUCUAACUUCCCUAUGGUCCUUAUUCAGAUCCCAAUGUGCAAUGAAAGAGAGGUGUAUGAACAAUCAAUAGGAGCAGCAGCACAGCUAGAUUGGCCAAAGGAUAGGAUCUUGAUUCAAGUUCUAGACGAUUCAGAUGAUCCAAACUUACAGCUUCUGAUCAAGGAAGAAGUAUCUGCUUGGGCAGAGAAAGGUGUAAACAUUAUCUACAGGCAUAGGUUGAUCAGAACUGGUUACAAAGCUGGGAAUCUCAAGUCUGCAAUGACAUGUGAUUACGUUAAAGAUUACGAGUUUGUUACCAUAUUCGACGCAGAUUUCACGCCAAGUCCUGAUUUUCUCAAGAAGACAGUUCCUCAUUUCAAGGGGAAUCCGGAGCUAGGACUAGUACAAGCAAGGUGGUCCUUUGUGAACAAAGACGAGAAUCUCCUCACGAGGCUACAAAACAUAAACUUAUGUUUCCACUUCGAAGUAGAGCAGCAAGUGAACGGUGUGUUUCUCAACUUCUUUGGUUUCAACGGAACAGCAGGAGUCUGGAGGAUCAAAGCUUUGGAAGAAUCAGGCGGGUGGCUCGAGAGAACAACAGUUGAAGACAUGGACAUUGCUGUCAGAGCGCAUCUCAACGGUUGGAAAUUCAUUUACCUCAAUGAUGUUGAAGUCACUUGCGAGUUGCCUGAGUCUUAUGAAGCUUACAAGAAGCAGCAACAUCGUUGGCAUUCUGGUCCUAUGCAACUUUUCCGGUUAUGCCUUCCUUCUAUCAUAAAAUCUAAGUUUAUCGGGCCAGCUUGA